AUGUCUCGAGAGCCACCUCCCUGGAGAGGUGUGCACACCAUCAUGGAAGGAAAGAAAGCAAAGCUCAUGCUCGACAACAACGAGGUCAUCGCCGAGACCGUCGGAAAGCUCAAAGGUGGUGGCUACUUCGACAGCAACCAGAAGCCCAUGGGCCAAUGGACAUACGCCAAAGUCCUCAAUCGUGGAACACUUCUUUGGGAUCGGGAGAUUUCCUAUCCUGGAGAUCCUGCAGAGCGAUCAAUGCAUGUGCAUUACUCUGAAGAAUCCUUCGACUACGGAGCUCCAAGGCCUUUGCUUGUCGGCUACUCGGCGCACACUCUAGAGCCUGUGCUUGCGAGCAUCAAUCCCGAAGUCUUUUAUAUCCAGGAGGACAUGGACGGCGAGCAUCUAGGUGGUCUAACACUUGAGACUAUCUCAGAAGGCAUUCUGGCGGAUACUAAGGUUAUCCUUCAUCAUUCUAUCACAGUCCCCGGAAAUCUUCGGGCGCUCAAGCUGCUUCUGCUUGAGAAGGAUUGGAUCAGGGCGCUUCAUGGAGGAGAUCUGAGCGUCGAGGGCGCGAAGGAUCUGGCCCGUCAAUCUGCUCAGUCGCUUUAUAAUGGACGAACUCCUUUCACCCUAACUCGCAUCAAGCCAGCAACCAAUAAGCAAAUUCCACCCAACAAGAAGCCCAACAUCCAACGAUCUGUCAUUCCGGAUGAGCCCUAUGGGCCUGAAAAUCGUCAACUCUAUGAAGUUCUUCCCCGCGCCCAUCUCUGGCACAACGGGCCUCAAGACUUUGUUUACAAGGCGCCUUACAUAUCAAAUAUGAGAUACCCAGCGCGCCUGUACCACGAACUUGCCCAUUCAGGCGACAAGUUUAAUGCCACCGCAAUGCUGUUUGCUGUUCAGCUUUGGGUCGACACAUCGAAGAACACCCCGACAAGAUACUCGAAUACGAACGACAUCCUCGUCCCAUGCAACCGUAAUAGCGUAUACAACGUCAAAGAAGACGCGAUCGACUCUGCACGGGUGCGUUGGUAUGUACUCGAUGCUGAGGCCAGGGACCCUGAGAUCUCUGUGGCAGAACGCGUUGGUCUCUACCCCUUCAUGAUGAGUGGCAGCAAGAUGGUGUAUCCCCAGGAUAUACCUCACAAGUUCCGUCUAUCUGAGACCCAGCAAGCCAUGGUUGGGAUGCCUGAUCUGCGAGCUCUAGGAUCACCAUCAUACCCCACCGAGGAUAGCGAAACGAUCGAAAUCGCCAUGCCAGAGCCUAUUGCUCGAAUCGCCUUUCUCCAGGAGACCUCAGGCGAACACACCUCGAACGACUUCUUCGAUGCCACCGGGGCUGGUCCUACGUCGCAGUUCGGGAACAGCUUGAGAUCCGGCACUAUCUGGUCUCACGAGUUUCACAAGUACACCCACGAACCUGGCCGCCCUAUUGGAAAGUUCAUCACACGCGAUUUGACUGAUAUUUGGACUCAGCUCAGUGACCGACGGUUACGGUGGCUUUAA